UUUUUUUUAAUAAUUAUAAUUUUUUCAGUCAAUUUAUUUAUUUUCAAAAAGCCUCGUUAAUUCAAAAAUGGGAUUUGGAGGUGGACGACGGGGAGGGGGAGGCAGAGGUGGCGGUGGUAGAGGAGGGGGAGGAAGAGGUGGAGGACAACAAUUUGAUCAGGGACCGCCAAAUGAAGUUAUAGAACUUGGAUUUUUUACUCACAAUUGUGAAAACGACAUUGUCUGUCACACAACAUGCGGAAAAAUUCCAUAUUUUAAUGCCCAAGUUUAUUUUCAAAAUAAAGAAUGUAUUGGCAAAAUUGAUGAAAUAUUUGGCGGACCUAAAGACAACGGAUUUUCUGUUAAAUUAAGUGAAGGACUUAAAGCUUCUUCAUUCAAACCAGACCAAAAAAUUUAUAUCGAUCCAUACAAACUUUUGCCUCUUGAACGAUUUCUUGACGGAGGACAGCAACAAAGAGGCGGGAGGGGUGGACGAGGAGGAAAAGGAGGACAGCAACGUGGAGGUGGGGGAGGACGAGGAGGUGGUGGAGGUCGUGGAGGAGGCGGCGGUGGUUCUUGGAAAGGGGGAGGAGGUGGAGGAAAUUUUAGAGGCAAUAGAGGUGGUGGCGGUGGAGGAAGAGGUGGUGGUGGUCAAGGUGGAGGACGUGGAAAUGAUAAUAAAGGCCGUGGAGGUGGUGGAGGAGGCUUUAGAGGUGGAAGAGAUUUUUCUGGACCUCGAGGUGGCGGCGGUGGAGGAUUUGGAGGAAAUCGUGGAAGAGGGGGUCCUUCAAAAGAUUUUGGACAAAAACGACCAUUCGGUGGUGGCGGAGGAGGAGGCGGUGGAAUGGGAAAACGAAAAAAGUUUGAUGAAUAA